AUGCCAAAUCCAUUGAUACUAAGUGUUGCUACAAAAGCUACUUCAACUACUGGUUGGAGAAGUCCAAAUGACGAAUCUAGAUUUUUACCAAAUGAUAUUAAUGCGUUAAUCAAAUUUGCCCAAACUGCUGAAAGAGGAAAGUUUCAUAACUUAUUUUUCAUUGAUCAUUUGAGUUGGUUUGAUGUUUAUGGUGAUAGCCAUGAAGCUAGUGCUCGUUCAGGAGCCAAUGCUACAAGAGUGGACCCUUUAAUUACCAUAAGUGCAUUAGCAACCCAUACUGAGAAUAUCGGGUUUGUUGCAACUGCAAGUACCGUUAGUGAACACCCUUAUCAUUUUGCUAGAAGAAUUGCAUCCUUGGAUCUUCUUACCAAAGGUAGAGUUGGUUGGAACAUUGUUGGCUCGUAUAUUCCAAGUAUUGGUAAAAAUUUGUUGAAUGGUGAACCAUUUCCUGAUCAUGAUGAUCGUUACUCUAAAACUGAAGAAUAUUUGGAUUCUCUUUAUGAAUUGUUAUUGAGCUCAUGGAGAGAUGAUGCCGUUGUUUAUGAUAAACAAAAUGGAAUUUUUGCAGACCCAGAUGCCAUUAGAGAAAUUAAUCAUGAAGGUAGAUUCUUCAAAAUUAAAGGACCAGCUAUCACUGAACCAACUCCACAAAGAUUCCCAUUAAUUGCACAAGCAGGUAAUUCUGAAAGAGGUGUUAAAUUUGCAGCAGAAAAUGCUGAACUAAUUUAUAUUGGAUAUGAUUCUUUACCAAAGAUCAAAGAGAUUAGAAGACUAGCAAGUGAACAUUUCAAUAGAGAUCCUCAAAACAUUAAAUUUAUUACUGGUAUCUCUCCAGUUUUGGGAAGAACUCAUGAAGAGGCUCAAGCAAAAUAUGAAGCUUUUAAAGAAAAAGUUGACCUUGAAGGAAAUUUGGUUUUAUUUGGUGGUGUAACUGGGAUUGAUCUUUCAGGUUAUGACUGGGAUGAUGAUGUUGAUUUACCAGAUAAAACCAAUGGUAUCAAGUCUGCUUUGGAAAAUAUCAAGAACAAAAGACAAAAGAUUCAAACCAAAAGAGAUAUUGCAAAUAGACAUUGGGCUAAUUUCCAUUAUGGAACUGCAAAAGAAUUAGCAGAUGAAAUUGAAAGAUUACAUAAAGAAUUUGGUAUUGAUGGUGUUAAUUUUAGCUUGAAUAACUUUCCGGAAUCUUUAGACGAUCUUGUUGAUUUGUUGAUUCCAGAAUUACAACACAGAGGAUUAGCUCAAACUGAAUAUGCUGUUGAAGGUGGUACAUUGAGAGAAAACUUGAACAACAAUCCAGGUCAAACUUUCCUUAGUGGUGAUCAUCCUGCAUAUAACUUGAGAUGGAGAUCUGGUGUUUCACAGAAACAGUUUGAAGCAGAGUUAGAACUUUACAAUAAGUUGAAAGAAGAAAGAAGAAGAGGUAUUGCAAAUGAUACUGUUAGAGUCUAG